UGGGUACCUUAAUUUGAAAGCGCCAACCGGAAGCGUUUACACAACAACAACAACAGAGUUAGCAUUUAGCAGACUGGGUCGGCUUUUUCACCAAGUCAAUGUGUUCAGACCAGUCUGUCGGGCUUUAAUGUUGGUUAAAACUCUGCUUUGUCAUGUUAAUUAAACUGCUGAAAUCAUGUUUACACAUUACAACCCCCUUAAGUUACAUUAAUGCUAUGUAGUUUAUGUGCUAACUAGCUUUAGCUUGUAGCUGUACAGGUAUCACCGUUCCUGGAUGAAGCUCCUUUAAAGGUAACUUUUACAUUUCUCUCUAAGUUGUCAUUCCUUCCAAACGCUACAUUUUACGGUGCAGUAGUUAGUUCAGUGUUUUUGAUAUUGAAUGUUGUAGUUAUGUCGUCUUUGACAGCUAAUGUCAGGUAAAACGACGUAAAUUUCUGUUUUUCAGUCAUCUGUUUUUACAUCAGGAUGGCUGACGACCCUCAGAGGAACUUCCGCUCCGCAUACUAUGAGAAAGUGGGUUUCAGAGGAGUGGAGGAGAAGAAAUCUCUGGAAAUACUGCUCAAAGAUAAUCCUCUGGGUAUGUGGCUUACAACAUUAAGAUGAAAAUAGGUUGUAUGAAAUCAAUAGCAUGUUAGCUAAAGUCAUAAACAUGUAAUUUUAGGAGGACCACAUGAGUUUCGAUGGAUGCUGGUGUGAAUAUUUUCCUUUUUCUCAUUAAUUCAGAUCUGGAAAAACUGAGCACCUUCAGUCAGAGGUUCCCUCUCCCAUCCAUGUACAGGAUCCAUGUGUGGAAGGUGUUAUUGGGUAAGAAAUCACUCCUAACAAAUUAAAUAAGAGCUGUGAUGUUCUGUAAAAGAUGCAAAUCCUUAUGAAAGUUGUGCUGGAAAGUUCCUGCAAUAAUAAAUCUGACUUUCUAUUGAUUGGAACUAACCAAUUAAUGGGUUAAUUGUUGCAGAAAUACACACAGACAUAUCUUAGUGAUGGUCAAAACUGUGUGUAUGAAGAGUCAAAGCCUGCUGUCUCAUUAAAGUGAUCAAACAAGCUCUCCCUUCUCGUCCCCGCAGGUAUCCUUCCUCCCCACAGUGACUCUCACACUCUGGUUGGAGGCUACAGGAAGGAGCAGUACCAGGACAUCGUGGAGGCUCUGGAGGUGAUGCGGUACAUCAGCUCUUCCACUCCCUCCACCCACAUCUACCUGCGCAUGUUCCAGCUGGAGAGCCAGGUGCUGCCACGGUGCUCUGAGAUCUCUGCCCCGGUGAGAAGCACUGCCAUCACAGAAAGACCAUCACAGCAGGACCAUCAGACCAGAAUCUUGAGCUUUUUUUGUGUGAAUUUAGUCACUUGAAUGGAGUCCACUGACCUUUUCAGAUGUAUUUAGUCGCACUUCUUUUGGUAAAAUGAUCACAUUUUUUUUGUGAAUCAGUGUUUUUGUUCAACUAAAAACUCCUGGUUUUAAGUACGAGCAAGAUUGUAGCAGAGACUGUACUCUUGUAUCAUGAUCCAAAAGUUGAUUUAUCAGUUAUUAGAAACAUGAACUCUGCUCACACUAACUGAUCUGAUCCAGACUGAUGGUUCUUGAACUUAACUUGGUUCAUAUUUUAGUCUUGUUAGAUGUCCUGAUGGGAGUCUGUUGUUUCAGGAUGAAGAGAACGAGGAUUUUCUCUCCAUCAGCCGAGCCAUGGAGGAGAUCGUAGACGAUCCUAUCGACUGCUAUUGGCUGAUUAAAUGUUUCGUCAAUCAGUUCCACACGAAGUUUGGAGACUCAGUUCCUCACCUGGUGAGUCACACUCUGCAAUAAGCAUCACAUCAUUCUCUUCUAGGCUGCAAUAGUGUACAUUUAUUCUCUUGUGUAAUAUUUAUUACAAAAACAAAUGGGCUUGUGGUGUUGUUCUAUUAUUAUCCAGCACCUUGAUAUCUUUUAAAGGAUUAAAACCAAGAACCUUGUCCCAAUUUCACAAAAAAUAUGUCCUUAAACAUAGAACUCAAUAAUAUAGAUCUGCAAUAGUUGUUAAGUUAGUUCCAUGCUACUUUAUUCCAAUGCAAAACUUGCAGAAAAUACUCUUGCUGCAUUUCAGUUCUAGAUCUUUAUCCGACAGACUGUGUGCAGGAGUUUUGCACUUUUUGAUCGUCUCGCUCCCCUCCUUCAAAUCUGUCACACAAAAUAUAUGUGCAAACUUUUAGGAGUAGUUUUUCAGAGCCUUCAGUCUCAUCUCGAGUUCUUCAUCAGCUGCAAAAAUUCAAAACUCCCUGAAAGUGUUCAAUAAAUAAAUAAAAGCCCUCACAGUAAUGAGAGUCGAUCUUUCAGUGGUUUUAUUUAUGUCGCAGUGAAUUAAAGAAUCGUUUCUGCUGUUCCGUCUUGUUGCAGCCAAAGAGUCUGGAGCAUUAUCUGAGUCAGGAGGAACCUCGACUCCUGAACCACCUGAAGAACAGCGGAGCGCUCGCCCAGCUGCCCUACAGCCUCUGGUUCAGACGCUGCUUCGCCGGCUGCCUCCCUGAAUCCAGCCUGCAGAGGUCAGUCUGCAGAUAAUGGAACAAACUCAAUCACCAGAGUGUCACAUCUUUAUAAAACCGACACAGAACAAAGAUUCACUUGUUCUCAUAAACCUGAGAUUUCAUAUUUUAAUCCUUGAAUAUAACCGUAAAGCUUUUUUAAGAUCUUUAAACCACUUUGCUCUCUAAAUCUCUGAGAUCAGACUACCACAUAGAAAUAUGAGUAUCAGAUCUCUCUUUAUCAACUAACACACAGUGACAAUAUCUCUAAGGGUUGUUCCAGUAUUUUAAAGAUAGUUUUACCAAGUAUUCAAAUAACUUCUAAGUAAUCCUUAGGAGGCAAUGUGCCAAAUAAAGCAUUCUCAACUUACUGUAUUUUUCGCACCAUAAGGUGCACCUGAUUAUAAGGCGCACCAUCAAUGAACGCAUCUAUUCGCGUCUAUUUUCAUACAUAAGGCGCAACGGAUUAUAAAGCGCAUUAAGCCAAACAAAACAGUCAGAUAAGUCAAACUUUAUUUAACUCAUUUAAUAACUCCGCGAGGCUACAGUGGCUGCAGUGCUCCUACAAGCCAGAAGGAUUUAAGUGCGCCUUAUAGUGCGAAAAAUACGGUACACUGCAUGUUCUAUUAUUAACUCCUACAGUUAUUGAGAUUUCUGCUAUAAAGAAAGAGAAACUGUUUGAUCAGAAACCAAUCUUGUGGGAUGAUUUGCAGUUACUUUCCUAUUUUACUUUUAUUUCUUUUUAAGCGAGACUCCUUCAGAUUUACCAAAACUAGAGCUCUAUGUGUGAGGCUUUCAAGAUGGGUUUUUGUUGUUGUUGUUGGAUUCACCACUAAACUGUAAAAGAGAGAAAUCAAAUCAGGACCAAUCAUGAUGUUUACAAACUGCUAUCAAACUGCAGAUGAAAUAUGAGAUUAGCAGCAUAUAAACCAACAGUCUGCUGUAUUUCUGUUUGCCACGUCUCUGUGUCAUGACCAAAACUACCGCUGUUCCUACAUUUGUCUGAUUUGUCGAACACUUAGCAGGUAAAUGUGUGUAUUUGUGGAGCCCGUACUUCACAGAUUCUCUGAACUGCUCCGUUCUCUAAACUCUGUGAUCAUUUUCAGGGUGUGGGACAAAGUGAUCAGCGGCUCCUGUAAGAUCCUGGUCUUUGUGGCUCUGGAGAUCCUGCUGAGCUACAAGAUCAUGCUGAUGGGGAUCAACAGACCUGAAGGCAUCGUCAAGUUUCUGUGCAAUGUGAGCGACGGAUCCAGCGCCGUUUAUUAUCGUUACUGUCCACCGAAUCACAAUUAAGUUUCUUUUUUUGGUUUUAGAUACCACAAGAGAACACGGACGCCAUCGUGACAAAAGCCAUCGACUUGUGGCACAAAUACUGCGGCACCCCGAUGCACGCCGUGUAACCUCCCAGGAUGCACCAGGACCUGCUUUGACCUCCACUGAGGGACUCGCAUGAAUGAACCGAAAACUCAUCACGAACUACUUUUAAUGAGCCGGAGGAGUUGGGAGUCAGGAUGCAGUAAUUCCCAGCUUCCUCCGAGGACGAUAAACAAAAACGAGACUUGAAUGAAAGCAUGAAUGAAUGACCUCAGAAAACAAAGAAGCCGAUGAAGGUGAACGCACAAAACCUGCGUGGAAAGAGGCGAGGAAUCAUAAACUUAUUUUUUUAAUAAGUUUCCUUCAUUAAGAAACUGCAUACAUCAUAGAAGACUCACAAUAAAUUAAUACUCACAUGCAGUUUUCUGCUUUACAAAAACAUCUGAAAAGUCUCACUUUCUUCCUUUGUUAUGUACAAGAUUUAUAAUUCUGAGAGUCUCUCAAAACAGCUUUUCCACAGACAGGAGACAGUGAUAUUUCUGGCUCUCGUACACACACACACACACACACACACACACACAAACACCAGUUCUCCAGACUUUUCAUUUCAUGAGCCUAACAUGGACUGUAAACGAUAAAAACAUGAAAAGUAAGAUGGCAGAGUUCUCAGGUUUUGUAUCAAGAAAGUUCAUAAUAAAAAGUGAAUCACCAAAACAAAA